AUGGGAAAUACCCAGGCGCAGAUUGAAGACAUUGAAGACGUCGAGCUCUUCGGUCCCUGGCGCUUCAUCGCAAUCGCCAGUAUCGCUUCGUCCUGGGGCUGGGGCAAGAGCGUGGUGAAGUCAGCUCUUCACGAUGCUGAUGCUCGACGGCAGCAAGAUACUGGUGGAGCAGAGCUACUCCUGCCGGAGGCGACCUGCGGGCCUGACCUCCUCAUGCAAGCUAGCAAGCUAGACUCGAGUUGUAUUUGCUUUAACAGUGUAGUAGGACAUGGUUUGGAAAACCGUGGGCUGUUGAUUGUUGGUCUUUGGUGUUUUCAAAGCGAGACAUCAGUUUUUUGUCGGGGAUGGGUGUUCGGGUUGGUGGGGGGGGGGUUAUGGUUUGCUCUUGUUUGA